UGCAACAUAACCUCACUUAUUAAUGUAUUGCUCAUGUUGUUGAGAGCGUGUUGUUAAUUUAUAUUUAAUACAAACUUAGAUAUUAAAAAUGAAUAGCAGCGAUUCAGAAUUAAGCGAUAGUGAUGCUGAGUUGCAACAAGCGUUGUUAGAUGGUAAACUGAAACCUGGAUUAAAUAAAAUCGAAGAAGCUCCCAAGCAAUUCGUAAACAACAUAAGUGGCCUAAAUCAGAAAAUAGAAGAAUUCAAAUUAAAACUGCCAUGGAUCGAGAGGCUGGACUGUACAAACGCCCAAGCCCCCCUGGCGCCCGAAUUGGCUGCGGAAAUGUUAGUUCACGAAGAAAAGAGGAGUAAUCAACUGAGAAACAACAAAAAACUUCCCCAAUUCCAACCAUCCGAAGACCCGGUUCUGAACGAUUUCAAACGAGAGCUAAUAUUCCACAGGCAAGCACAAGCUACAAUUCUAGAAGCCAUCCCGAAAAUCAAAGAAUUAGGGAUAUCCACUAAAAGACCAGAAGAUUAUUUUGCUGAAAUGGCCAAAUCCGAUGAGCAAAUGCACAAAAUCAGGGAGAACCUGAAGCAGAAGCAGGAGCAACAGAAGCGGAUUGAACGGGUGAAGCAAUUGAGGCAGCAAAGGAAAGAAGGAAAAUCGCUGCAGGUGCAGCUGAAACUGCAACGCUCUAAGGAGAAGAAAGAAAUGAUGGAUCAAGUGAAGAAAGCGAAGAAAAAUUUCGAUUUUCUCGACGAUAAAAAUAAGCCCAUGGGUAAGAGGGCGGCGGAGAAGCGUAAGAUGAAGGAUAAGAAAUUCGGUUUCGGCGGUAAGAAGAAAGGGAUGAAGAAGAAUACAAAGGACAGUGCAGGCGAUAUAAGCGAGUAUAGAAAUCCUGGGAAGCCGGCCAAGAAGCAGGCAGGGAAAAAAUUUGUCAAUAAAAACAAACCAAAGCAACGAUUGGGCAAAACUAGACGCAUUAAAACUAAGACUAAGGGAAAGAAAUAAUUUACUUCAAUAAACAUAUAUU